AUGAAUUUCACUCGUAUGCUCGGGGCGAAACUGAGACUCUCUGGCCGGAAGGGGGCACAGCCGGUCGCCUUUCCGAACCGGAACUUCCGACCCCCGCGUGACGCCGGGGCGGGCAUUUUACUACGGCGGACCUGUGGGCGGGACAGCGCGGAGGACACUAUUAAAGACCGGACGCUUCCAGAGGGGUCCAGAGGAGCCCUCAUCCCAACCUGUGACGGCACUGGCCUUUUCUACCUUUUUCAGGAGGUCCAUGGGUUGGGACAUUGCCAUGGGUGGAGCUGGGCCUGCCUUGAGAGAGAAAGGAGUGCAGAGGUUCUUGGAGCACAAAGGCUCUAUGCCCCACAUGUGAGCCACAGAACUCAGGAUGAAACAGGUGCCUAUUUAAUCGACAGAGAUCCCACCUACUUUGGACCUGUGUUGAACUACUUGAGACACGGAAAGCUGGUUAUUAACAAAGAUCUUGCAGAGGAAGGAGUGUUGGAAGAAGCAGAGUUUUACAAUAUCACCUCACUAAUAAAACUUGUAAAGGACAAAAUUAGAGAACGAGAUAGCAAAACGUCACAGGUCCCUGUGAAGCAUGUAUACCGCGUGCUGCAGUGCCAGGAGGAAGAGCUCACACAGAUGGUGUCCACCAUGUCCGAUGGCUGGAAGUUUGAGCAGCUGGUUAGCAUCGGCUCCUCAUACAACUAUGGAAAUGAAGACCAGGCCGAGUUUCUUUGCGUGGUCUCCAAGGAGCUGCACAACACUCCAUAUGGCACAGCCAGUGAGCCCAGUGAGAAGGCCAAGAUUUUACAAGAACGAGGUUCAAGGAUGUGAGGACAGUCUUGACAGCUGAAGAAAUGAUUUACUUUUUCCCAAGAUUCAGUGAACCGCCAUGUCCAGGAAGCUUGGCUGUGAGAAGAAACCUGCUUUUGAUCAUUUCUCUAAAGAUCUGGGUGUGGAUCCUUUUUUGCCUUGGAGGUGGGUGGUGAGAGACAGCCCAGCUGUCAGGCAAGCCAUGCCCAUGGGGUGGAGGUGGGGGGCUGGAUGGGCUGUCUGGGGGUUCUUUCCAAGUGUCACGUGGGACUGAGGUAGGAUGUUCCUGACCAGCUGUGCAAUCCUGAAGGUUAUUUCAAGGGCAGGGCUCUUGGUGCUACAUACACAGUCUGUGAGAAGUGACCCGGGCCUCGAUGGAGAGAAGGGGCAACGGCUGUACCAAUCAAUUGUCAAGCGCACCGUGGCUUGGGGUCUAGGUGCCUGCUGGCCACCACCUGAGCACCAGACUCUCAUCUUCAGGUCAGGGAGGCCACUCUGCCUCCACUGUGAUCAACUGGCAGUUUCUUUUGACCAUGGCUAAGACUCCUGACAGAGGUGACCUCUACACUGCUACUACCCGGGCACCUGCUCUGAGGCCAGGCCACCUUCCGGGCAAGGCUUUCCUCCUGACUUCGUCGGCUGGACAGUCAACGCUUCUCAAUUUGUAUUUUCCAGGCAAGAGAAGUUUGUAACCCUUUUUAAAGUGUGGAUAGACUACCUAAUGUUUAUACUCUUCAGAAAUGCCUAAAAGUGUUGCUAGGUUUUGGCUUGGUCUGGUAAACCAGUUCAUGGGAAAUGGAAGUUUUGCCUUGUCCGUCCCACUUCAGGGCUCGUGGGGGAGCUGGUGCCCACCAGUGCCUUUGUUGUACCCGGGAUGGAAGCUGGGGAGGGAGCCCAUGCACCUGGCUUCUGGAGCUGACACUCUGGGUCACA